GCUUCAAACCGCCCACGACGGCGACGACGACGACAACAACAACAUGUCGACAGGAACAUCAACACCUUCUAGUUCAAAGACACCCAUUUCGACAAGCGAUACAGAUAUAGAGCAGCUUCUCUUUCGGGAGGCAUCUGCCUUCCAGCGUGAGCUUGAGGUCGAGCGGAUUCUCAAGGCGUUCAAGCUCAACCCAUAUGAUAUUCUCGACAUAGACGAGUCUUCAAAGCCCGAAGGAAUAAAGCGCAGAUACCGGCAGUUGUCUCUCUUCAUCCAUCCUGACAAGACCCCCCACGCUCGUGCUCCAGAUGCAUUCGACCUUCUCAAGAAGGCUGAAUCCGAGCUAUCCGACACUGCCAAACGCGAGGCUCUCGACGCCACAAUUGCAGAGGCGCGCCUACAGCUCCUCCGCAGUCACGGUUUCUCUACGAGCACGCAGGACGAUGAUCCGAAACUUCGAGGACUAGUCCCGCCCUUUAAGGUCCAGUUGCGAGCAAAGGUGAAGGACUUGUUAAUUGAGGAAGAGGUUAGACGCAGGAAAGCGAUCAAGAUGAACCUUGCGAAUGAGGGACUGGAAGCUCGCAAAAAGGAGGAAGAAGUUGCUACAAGAAAACGUAAAGCGGAGGACGAUAAAACAUGGGAAGAGUCCCGCGAAACCCGUGUUGAUUCAUGGCGGUCAUUCAACAAUACCGCAAAGAAGAAGAAAAAGACGAAGGUUCAGAUCCUCGGAUGAUUCUCCGAACCACCUACAUCCUGGACACUCCCCAGGGAAACCCCGACGCCCUGCCAUCGAACCUCAUUCAUCCGCAGAUCUGCUAUACCACAAGGACAUGCUUCCUGUGCCUGACCAUUCUUAUACACGCGUGUGUUCAAAAACGACACGUCCA